CACGCACCUACAUAAUUCUAACCAUGGCAAUUCGAUUGUUGUUCCAUAUAAAGGCGCCGCCCUCGUUAAAGCUUAUCUCAGUCUUCGUGGUGCGCUGCGAGGCGCAGCGAUUUUUAAAUCUAACAGAAUAUUGUGUGAUGUGAAACGUUUUACACGUAUAAAGAACAAUCGAGUAUACAUUUUCCAUUUGGCUUGAUUCGGCCAUAACUUUCUGCAAAAUGAUAGUGAAAAAUGUAAUAACUAUUAUUCUCGUUGUCAUAACUGGAACAGCAUUCGUGCGAUGUGCAGCUGCGGCAGGCAAGCAUCGUCCAAAAUUAAAAAAAGGUGGAAUUGGACACAAACCGAAUGAUGACGUUCUACAUGCUCUUUCGGACUUCGGCGUCGUACGAAGAUCUUUGAACCCGAUGCUGUUUCAACAAUAUUCAAACGUUCAGUACCUAAAAGAUGAACGAAGUAUUCCAAAUACCGAAAACAGAAAGAACAUGGUAAUAGAGAAAUUAGAACUGUCAGUGACAUUCCGUGAUAACAUACUCUACAUCUUCUCGUACUUGCUUCACGGUCUUGAAAGCGGAUUGACAGAAGAGCAGUACACAUCCUUGCAAACGCUUUAUGAGUGCCUCAAGAAAAAGAUGGUUUAUAUGUAUAAUUUAUUGCCGAUUUUAUCUAAAUUAGACACCUCCGAUAAGAAUCAGCAGACAAGUAUCAUAUUGUUGUCGUUGACAAAGAAUCUACCAUCUUACAUUCAAUGCACAGCGAAAUAUUUGGCCAAUGAGAUAGAAAUGAACAGAAUCGAUUUAAAUGCGUUACUGAAGCCGACGGAAUAUGAGACGUUCAAUUAUCUUGCCAACAUUGAUUUAGACACGGUGUCGAAAGGUAAAAUUAAAAACGAAGAAACGACAGGAUCUGAUAAAUACUCGAAUAUCACCCAGAAAGCUCUCGGUCCGGUGUUCGUGAAGCUCAUUUACAAUCUACAAGCAAAGAAGCUCCCUUUGUCGCAAGAGCUAUUCGGUUUGAUACUGAUGAACUUGCCAAAUCCUAGCGACGAUCCCGUAUUGGAAGAAAAUAUCAGAUUUCUGUACGAUUUGACCAAAAUUAAUGCCAUCGAUAACAAGGAUUGGGAUUCGAUCGGGAAGGAACCCGUGGGCAAUGACGCAUAUACGCUUGUCUUUUCUGCCCUUACUAAGGUUCUCAGUUCAAACGUACAAAUGAUCAUAAAGGAUGCCGCGGCUUACGUGUACCAUCAUUUGAAGGUUGUAACAGUUCCAUCUUACGUUAAUUCGAACUUUAAGUACAUGCGUCAUUUGACUGAGAAAGACAUAGAUAUAGGAAUGCUACUCUCAGCAGUUAUUCCUCAAAAUUUCGAUUCAGACGCGGUUCGCAUGAAAAAUAGCUUACUGACGUACUUCAUGCACAAUUAUAGAAACGAGGACAUGAAUAAAAUUCUCAAGGGAUUCAACAAAUUUGCCUACAGCGAUCCCUUAGAUCUUCUCAUGGCGUUCCUAACGAGGCUUACGAAUCGCGUUCCAAUUUUCCCAAAUACUAAUUCGCGCAUGCUGCAACAGCCGGCUGCGGCUCUGCUGUCAGCUUUAAUUAUGAAAAAGUAUUCGAGAAUUUUCACACCGUUUGUGUCACCUGAAGUUGAUGUACUGAUACUUUUGGAAUCUCUAAAUACUCCUGAUGUCGAUUCGGUAUUUCAGUCAACAGUAGAUUCGAUAAAGCUCGAAUUAAUUGCACAGCCACAAAUAUCCGUGCUCCUGAGCACCUUGAUACCAACGGAGAAAGACAAGUGCACGAUACCUAAACAGUGCUUGAUGGAUACGUUCCAGCAGGUGCAAAGAUUACAAAAUAACAUACCUUUGACAUUAACAACAAAAAUUCAAAACGUAGCGUAUAUGCUGAGGACAACUUCACAUCCUCAGCGCCAGCCGCAAAACUUUCCUACGCAGUAUUCCAUAAAACCAGUAGAUGUAAAUCUCUAUCUAGACCGGGAGAAGCCAGUAUCAGUGGCAAUCGAGACAGAUAGUACGUAUACGAACAAUGUGCCAAGUGGCUUCAACGGAGUUCCGUACGUAUGGAACAUAGAUAAAUAUGUUAGUAAAGUCGGUCCCGCGGUGCAAGAUGAAUUGCAAGUUGAAACUUUCGAAUAUGACUUGGGUGUUCCUACAUAUAUCGAAUCUGCGGAUGCAAAGGUGGUAUCAGUCUACGAGUCUGCACGUCCUACUACGACAAACCAAGUCCCCAAGGCACAAAUCACCGAGGCAAAGGUCACCGAAGCAAAAGUCAGUGAAGCAAGUGUCACCGAAGCACACGUCACCGAUGUACCUGCUCGAGAAUAUACGACACAACGACCCUUAACUAUGAGACCUUCGUUAACAUCAGUACCUAAUAUUCCGUCUGUGAUUACUCAGACCCCGACGCAGAGACCACGAAAGAAGCAGCCCGUAUACACGACAAAAGAGAGCGUUGUUGAAGAAUAUAAUUCGGAAGUAGAACAUACGCCGGAACAUAUCUCAUCAGAAUUAAUAUUCCAGGAAAAAGAAGUAGCACACCAGCCGAGUACAAGUGAAGAGUUUCAGACUGAAACUUCUUCACUGAAAGAAGUGACUAAAACAGUCACAACGAAACAAUCUACCGAAGUGACAAAAGCAGCACAACAGGCCAAGCCAAAACUUCCACAGACGGUUGAAGAGAAAACGAGUAACGAGAACGUAUCAAGCGCGAUAGUAUUACCUCCGAUAGAAACUAAUCAGCCUCUUAAAGUGCAACUAUCCACUAGUGGCGUCCCUGUUGUAACGACGAGUCAUGACUAUAACGCAACGGAGUCUGGAAUUAUUUUGCCAGACGUCAAGGAUCUACUGAAAUCGCCGGAAAUAAAUGACUUCAUGCGAGAUACCGAUUCACCGAUAGCAAUUCAAGUAUUACAACCAUUGUCUGUUAUAUUUGGCAAAAAUUACAUUAAGAGGAUCCUAAAGAAGAAUGUGGACGUUUAUCCCACGAAUAUUGCAUUACUGUCAGCGAUACUUAAGGAGGCCGCAACUUAUCCGGAAGUAAUAAAGAAUACGCGUUUGAUAAACGUAAUUCAUAAAUAUAUCGCCAGUAUAGAAUACGUCAGCCCGACGAUAUUGUUACCCAUCGUAGUCUCGUCGAAGAAAUUGGUAUCAACCGUUGUUUAUUCCACGUUCAAUCCGAACGACUUAACCGACAGUACAAUUGGCGAACGUCCACCCGAUGAACCAUUAUCCGACAGUGUCACCGUACCUCUCGUCAAUCCCAAGUUAUUGUUGCAGUCUAUAAGUCCAUCGAAUCCUUACGCUGAUCUGCUGCCUAUUGUGGAAGAAGAGGACUCGCUCGUGAUAACGAUACAACCUCUCAAAAUGAUGUUGACGUCUACGAAAAUGGUGGAAAUACUUGGACCAGAUUUUCAACCAUUGGCGUAUCCAAAUAAAGGAGCACUUCUGAUAACGGUGCUGCACAAAUUACAGAAAAGUAAAGUAAUCCAGUCGAACCCAAAGCUGAAAUUCUUAGUUGAUAUUUAUAUAAAAGCUAUCGAGGUACCAUCGAUGAGCAUUCAGGUGUCCGAAGAUAAACUCGUGAAGAUGAUGUCCGAAACUACAGGCCAGUGGCUGCCCGAGCUGACAAGUUUGAUUUCUGUUCUUCCAACAGCCAAGAAUGAUGCCGAAGUCGCCAUGACGGGGCAGCUAGAGCAAUUCCUCGGCGAUCCAACGCUUUUGGAAAAAUUGCAUAUAGACAAACCACCAUUAACUAUGUCUCGCGGGGAUCUCUUGCGUAAAAUUAUUCUGAGUGCAUUGUCCGGUACAAUACGUUUCGAGAAACGACUUCUGAAGGCACUUAGAUACUACAAGAAGGUGGAAUUAACUGAAAUGGGUGCCUUGCCCAUCAUGUGGAUGUGGGUCGAAACGUACGUAGUUAAAGCUGAAGUACAACUAGGCGACAUGAUCCAGGAGACGGUGAACUUCGAUCAAUUGACGUACAAGGAGAAACUGGCGUAUAACGAUGUAAUCACAUACCUGGCGCAAAAUCCCAAUCUUCUGCAAGACAACGAAGACUUCGAUUUCGAGAAGUAUAAGACGCAGGGGCAGUUUAUUAAGGGUUUAUUCAAGCAUUUGCUGAAGAUGCCGCAGGUUAAUAGUAAGAUUAAAAAGAACAUUCAAAUAAUACUACCGCGCGUAAGUUUAACUGGAUCAGGCUCAAUCGCGAUGCCAAGUUUGUCUGGACUUUAAAAGGGAUCGAUCGAUUUAUUAAUUAAAAUACAAUUCCCUAAUUAAAUUCCUCUAAUUAGACAAGAUUUGACUUGAUUUCAAUUUACAAGGAAUAGAAAAUGAGUACAGAUACGUUUGAAGACAAGUACGUGUUUUAUAUAAUAACGAAUUAACCCGAGAUAUAUUCUUUAUUUGUGGUGCUAAACAAUUUGCCAUAUU